AUGCAGGUUUCCGGGAAUAUCCGCCAAGCCUCCAUCACGCUAAAUUCGCCUCCCGUCCGCAUCUCGAAAUCUCGCGACCGCAACGACGAAGUGCAACUCUCCCACAUGAAACCAGACAUGGUUGAACUAUUAAAGCGCAUGCGCAAGCUCCACACGGUCAGAACCACAAUUGCUACUCUUUCCAUUGCCUACACGCUAUAA